CUCCUUCAGACCUGACAAAUAUACAAUUGAGGUCAUGAAGGCAAAGGAUGAGUCUAUAUCUAAAGUACUAGAUUGGUUUAAUAGAAGCUAUGAAACAAUUGAUGAUGACGCUACUCGUGUAAAUGUGUUGGGAAGAGAAUCUGAGAAGACUGAAUCACCAUUAGACAUCAGCAGAGAUUUAACUAGCGUUGAAGUUGGAAAGAAUGUUGAGCAUUUAGAACUCGUCACAAACGUAAAUGAAGAUGUCAAAUCUGAUCUUGAUCCACCAAGCGUAGUUGAACAAUCACAAGCAAUGGAUUAUCAAAAGUUUGACUCUAAUACACUUGUCCAAGCAGAUAUCUUGAAUGAUGGCUUACAGACACCUGUCAAUCUUGAUGGUACAUCUGUUCUAAACAGAGAUCUAAAAAUUUCAAAUCUAGAUGAUGCAGAAACUUUGGUAGUUAGUGGAGACCAACAAAUACUCCAUGAUACAGACCAAACGGAGAGCGGUGUACAGAUUCAAGAUAUGAAGAAAGACCAUUACAAAAUGAAAAAUGAAGAUUUACAAACCACGAUUCAACCAAUAAACUUGUCACAGGAGAAUGUCUCGCUUGUAAACAUACAUGCAACUGAUGUUACAGAACCAGUCCCAGGUUUUCAGCAGAAUGAAGAGCCUUUAUUAGCCUGGAGAAAGCCUAGUAUUUUAGAAAAACAUGAAUGUCUUGAAAAGCCACUGAGGUAUGAGGUCAAGGCACCCAUUAGCAUACAGACCAGUAUUAGUGAUCUAAAACAGGAAGGGCAAGUUGGAUCUCCAUCUGUAGUCACAGAAGCUAUCCUUAAAGAAAACAAGAUUGAUAUUCCAAAAGAAAUCCCAGUUACCAUUGAUUUUAAUAGUAGUUUAAUUGAGCAUGAUAACAAUGAAAGCCAGGAAAAUGUCCCACUAGUUAAAUCUGUAACUGAUGUUGCAGAACAAGUUCCAGUACUUCUUGAUCCACAAAACGAAGAGGUUUCAGUAGCAUGGCAGAAGCCUGGUAUUUUCGAAAAAUGUGAAUCUCUUGAACACCCAAUAAUAAACGAAUCUAGAGCACCCAGUACUAUACAAGACAGAAGUGAUCUAGAAUUGGCAGAGGAUAGAAAGUCUCUGUCUGUGUCCACAAAACCAGUCAUAAAUGAUAAUAAAAGUGUAGUUAGUCCCACAGAGAUCCCAGUGACCUUAGAGCUUGAUGGAACAACUAUGAAGGGUGGUUUAAUUGAUACCAAUGACAAUGGAAGCCUGGUAACAUUUGAAAAAGUUAUUGUGGAAGAUGAUGAACAUCCUCCUAGUGUUUCUCAGUUGAAAUCCUUCUGGGAAAAGAGCAAAUUACAAAAUCCAAAAGAUAAACAAGGGGCAAGCCUGUCAAAUAUUAAAACUAGCCAGUUUGCUGUUAAACAGGCUUCCAGCACACAGUCAUUAAUGAGUGAAGAUUUAAAUGAGGACAGAUGGUAUACAAAAGAUCCCAGUAUUAAGUUUCGAAAGAGACACACAUUACAUAAUUUUUUUGAAAAAGAACACACUGCAGAGACUGUGCACAAGCCUUCUCUUAGGAGUAUGUCUGUAAGUGAUGGAGCAAGCAAGGCAUCAGAUAUGCAAAUGCCCUCAACCUUUCAUAGUGUACGAAGCUUCUGGAAUGUUGGGAACAAUAGUCAAUCUAUUACUCCUGACAGUCUUAAAAGUAAUAAACUCGUCUUUUCAAAAGAGAAGGGAAGGAACACUUUACAGGGCAUAGAAGAUAAUGAUUCCACUCCCCAAACGGCUUCCCAGGUACAUAUGGUAAAGCCGUUAAAUGUUCUUGAAUCCAAAGUGAUUGUUUCAAAAAAACCUGAUAAGAUUGAGAAUGAACCAAAGCUAGAGAAUCCGUUGUCCGAAGAGAGUCCUCUUUCUUCAGAUCGCAAAAUUGAUACAUUUUCUCCCAUGACUGUUCCUCAAGAGGAAAACGGCUAUUUUUCAGACAAGAAUGUUGAACAGGAAUUUAACAUUGGCAAACCAAAAAUAGUUGCAGAGUUUGGGUCCACAGUUUUACAAUCUCAAAAUCUUACUGCCGAUAGCGUUUUUGAUAAACCCAAUUUGAAAGAUCAAAGUGCGUUAACUGGUGCUAAAGAAAUUCAGGAAGUCAUCGAAAAUCCUGUAAUUAUCAAACCUCGGCAGAGUUCUUUCAGUUUACGUUUACAGACUCUAUACAAUCAGUAUUCUGAAUUUAGAACUAGAUCAGGGGAACUAACUGAGGAAGAUACAGUUCUAGCCAGCAAUGAGUUAUUAAAUGAAGGGUGUAGCACAAAUUUAUCUGCAGGUUCUCUGAACACAAAUGAUAUACCUAACCAGAGCAAUUCAGCGUCCUUAAACGAUAUGACAAACUCAUAUAUUUCUCCAAAUCGGCCAAUAGUAAUAGAGGUUUCAUCAAAAAAGGCACAAAUUAAUGAAUCUGAACCAAAAGUUUGCCAAAACCAGGAAAAAGCUUUGCCAAAAUUACCAGAACAAACCCCUUCUGUUAAACUUGUAUCUGAAGUCAUCAUAAAAUCUAAUGUUCCAAAAAAGUCUGAGUUGAGUGAAUUUAGCAUAAAUUUAAAUAAAUUGAGAAGAGAAUUAUCAGAGGAGUCCACCAGUAUUUCUGAAAACCAACCUCUUGAAAAUAGGAAUGUUGACGGCAAAAUACAGCUGAGUGAAGGUAAGGGUAAUGAUGGAGUGCACCUAGAAGCAAAAGAAAUAGUUGAAAAAGAAUCCAAAUCCUAUCCAUUUGAUAAUGAUUUGGUAAAACUGUCUACAGAAUAUUGUUUACCUGCUUCUAGAAAGAUUUCACAAGAACAGAAAACUUUGGAUAAUGAAACCCAAAAGUGCACAAGUCAGAGUAAUUUAAAAGAAGUACAAAAUGGGGAGAAACUGCUUUCUCAAGAAGUUGAUGAGGUAGUUGAGAAAUCACAUCAUCUUAGAAGUGUAGAUGCAUUUAAUGUGGGUCUUUCUAAAUUGGCUAAAGAAUCUAGAGACCUGGAGUCCUCUGAAAGUACUAAUUUUAAAGAAAACAAUAAGAGAGAGGUUCCUAGUACAGAAAAUAACUCUGACAAUGCAGGUGAAAUAAUUUUAGAUGAAAAAAUUGAACAAACGGUUUCACACAGGGACAAUUUUAGUGACUUUCAUGCAGGACUUCAAAAAAUGUAUGAGGAGUCAUUGGAUGUGGCACCUAGUGUUGAUGAGAAACCAGAGGACCUUACAAUUUAUGACAAAAUUAAAUCUGGAGAUGACUCUAUGAAUGUUUCAGCGCAUAUAUCCCCAAUAAAUAAUGUGAAUGGCCAGAAUUCAUUUCUUCCAGACGAGGAUACAAAAUCAAAAUUCCAAUCUGUAGUUCUGAGUGUGUCCACAAAACAGUGCAGUGAAAAUGAUGAGUCAUUAAGUCAAUUGGAAGAUCUUGAAAGGUCUGCCAAUCUUACAGUUAAAAACUCCAUGGAAGUUUCCCAAGCUUAUAUUCCUCAGAGGACAAGACUAAUUGAAAUUAAAAGCGGUCAAAAUGAUUCUGUAUUCCGUUCAAGCACUAACCUGCCCCCAAUCGUUUUAAAAACCUCGUUAACUGAAAUUGUUCAUGACCCAGUAAGCAAAUCUGAUGUAAGUAACAAAGUGUCUCAAGCAAGUGAGGUUUCUGCAUCAAUCCCAGAUUUGGUAAAUUGCAAUAGGAAUAUAGAAGAAAGCAAUAACAUGCCACAAAGGCAGAGUAGAAAAGAAAUUGUGGAAAAAAUUGAAAAGCCGGUCAUUUUACCUAGAACUCAGUUUAAUUACUUUGAAUCAGGAUUGCUAAAAUUAUACAAUGAGACAAUGGAUCCCUCUAAGUGUCUGCAAGCCACUGAAAGCAUAAACAAACACAUACAUGAGAACACUCAACAAGAUGCUCAAAAUAUCUGUAAGGAAGGGAUUUCUUUGUCUGCUGACUUAAAAAGUCCUAACAUCAAAGAUGCAGAAGAAAAUGUAGGCUCUUACGACACAAAUCUAGUUGAAGAGAAGAGCGAUGAUGAAAGAUUUACUGAUGUCAAGGAUAAGGAAGUAGAUGAACACAUUGAAAAAACGACUGCACCAACCAGGGAAUCAUUUGUGAAAAGCUUAGAAAAACUUCAGAAAGAAGCAAGGAAUGAUGAGGAGGCUAAAUGUAUAGGAAACACUGCACUUUUUGAACCAAAUGGGUUUGAAGCCGAGCUGAGACCAAGUGUCUCGUUGGAAUAUGCAGUCUCUGAAACUCCACCUGUUGGUGAUAAAACAUUGGAGAGUAGGUCUUCAGACAGAAGACUGGGCAGAAAUCUUUCUCAAAAUGGAGAAAAAUCUACAGUUUUUGAAGACCAGUUUGAAUCCACACUCAUUACAUCAUCAAGAAGUAGUACACCCAUUAAUCAGUCGAACAGCUCACUAAGGAGGAGUACUCUGGAGCUUUUCCUCGAAACUCCAUACCGACGAGAGAUGUCCAAAAGUGUGGACUUUGUGCUCACCGGAUAUAUCACUUCAGAAGGUGGAAAAAAAUAUGAAGAAGAGAUGCCCGAACUAAAAGAAAAUUUGGAACUUGAAGCUCCAUUAGUUCCUACAGAUAUCGAAGUUCAAGAAAGCCAGUUUUCAAAUCCAGAGAAACUCAAACAAAUGAGCAAGUCUGUGCCAGCAUUUCUUCACGAGGAGACCGAUGGCAGAGACACAGAUUCUGCAUCAGAAAACAGUUUUCAGAGUGGCAAACACAAGAAGAGUCCCAGCUCUCUAACCAAUCUUAGUGGCUCCUCUGGCAUGGCGUCCAUGUCCUCUGUAAGCGGAAGUGUCAUGAGCAUCUACAGUGGAGAUUUUGGUAAUGUGGACAUAAAAGGCAACAUCCAGUUUGCCAUUGACUACGUGGAUCAGCUGAAAGAAUUCCAUGUCUUUGUGUCACAGUGCAAGGAUUUGGCGAUCGGAGAUGUUAAGAGGCAACGCUCUGACCCGUAUGUGAAAAGCUAUUUAUUGCCAGAAAAAGCCAAAAUGGGCAAAAGAAAAACCGCUGUCAAGAAGAAGACUUUAAAUCCUGCGUACAAUGAAAUACUUCGAUAUAAAAUCGACAAGGCUGCACUUCAGACUCAAAGACUAAACGUCUCUGUCUGGCACAAUGAUGCACUUGGUCGCAAUAGUUUCCUUGGUGAAGUUGAGAUUGCUUUGGAUAAGUGGGAUUGGAAUAACAAGCAGAUGAACUGGUAUCCACUUCAGCCACGGACACCAGCAGCUGGCAUUGGAUUGGAAAAAAGAGGAGAGAUGAGAUUGUCUUUGAAAUAUGUUCCGGAGCCUAGUCCUGGUGUAAAGACCUCCCAAACUGGCGAAGUUCACAUCUGGAUCAAAGAUUGCAAUCAGCUCCCCAUGCUCAGAGGAAACAAAAUAAACUCAUUCGUUAAAUGCACAAUACUUCCUGACACAAGCAGAAAAAGUCGUCAGAAAACACGGACUGUGGACAAAACGCCCAAUCCAGUGUUCAAUCAUACAAUGGUUUAUGAUGGUUUUAAAGGAGAAGACCUGACAGAGGCCUGUGUGGAACUCACAGUUUGGGACCACAACAAACUAACAAAUCACUUUUUGGGAGGCUUGCGUAUUGGCCUUGGAACAGGAAAGAGUUAUGGAACGGCUGUAGACUGGAUGGAUUCAAACGCAGAGGAGGCGGCUUUGUGGGAAAAAAUGAUUAAAUCUUCAAACACCUGGAUUGAAGGUGUACUUCCACUAAGGAUGCUAAAAAUGGCCAAGCUUGCCAAAUAAAAGUUAUGCAUUCACGAUCACUCCAAUAGUAUAGUCCAGUCAUUCGUUCACUACCAUAACAGAAGGUGCACUUCCAACCACACGUCCAGUUUGGACCUCCUACUAAAAGAUGUAGCGGGUCUAGAAUGCAUGUAUUGGGUUAAACGAUUACGCCAGUAACAUUGUUUCCUGUUAAUAAAAUAUCUUUCAUUGACCUGUGGUUAUAGAAUAUAACUGCAUUAUAAUCUGGGUGUUUUGUGUGACCCGUCUGACACUGAUAUGCCGAAGACAAGUUUUUACUAAUUUUGCCAAAGCUAUUUUUUAAGAUAUAUAUGUCUGGCCUGUUAAUCUCUACUGUUAUUGUGCAGGGAAUCUCUGCUUGGCUUUUGAUUGACUGCGCUGAUUUUCAUGAUACUGUUUACCAGUAGGCUUUUUCAGCUCGGGGGGGAAAUGUCCUCCCAGCCGAACCCUUUAAAAAAAAAAGAUUUCAAUUGUAAUAAUUGUUCAAAUCAAAACUUUUUUUUUUUCCAAUGAAGCUGCUAUCAAAAAAACAAUCCUAAAAAAACUACAGAGCUGUAUUUCACAAUAAAAUGUGGAUAUUUUUUUAUUUUUUUUUCCUAUUCUUUACUCUUUUCGUGACGGCAUCUUAUAUUGUUACGCUACCUUAGAGGUCCUUUCACUUCAUGUGCACCUCUGAUGGGGAAAGGGCAAAACGUUGUAAAAUAUGGUAAAUAUUCAUUUGUUAUAAAUACUUUUUAUAUUUAAUAAAUUGUUUUAUGAAGUGGAAUGCCACAUACUGUGUGGUUUUGUUUGAGGGUUUAUGGAUUGUGAAGGUGGAUUGUUCAGAUUUUUUUCCCUGUCUGUUCGUUCCUUUUCUAUACUUUAAAUAAAUGAUGUAGCAUAUACUGAUAUAAUGGCUGCUGUUUACAUGCAUAUUGGGUACUGUACAAAGGAAAAAUGAUAUGCAAAAAUCUUUUAGAAUAAAUAUGUAAAUAUAUGGCAACGAUCUCAAUAAAAUGAUUUAAUUCUGGUAAA